GAAGGUCAUCUUCUCAAGCCACAAUUGAAACGCCAAUAUUCUCGAACGAUGUCAGACCACACAGAUUCCCUUCUGUCCCAGAAAUCAUCCGACUCGGGUCUUCACCUCCAACUCCAUCCUCUCGUACUCCUCACGAUCUCCGACCACAUCACACGACAUGCAGCACGAUCACAACAAGGACCGAUCAUUGGAGCUCUCUUAGGCCAGCAAAAUGGACGUGAGAUAACGGUAGAACAUGCUUUCGAAUGUGUUGUCGUUGAAGGCCCGAACGGAGAAACUCAACUUCCAAGCGAUUGGUUCGUUGAGCGAGUAAAGCAAUUCAAGGAUGUCCAUAAAAUACCCGCCCUCGACCUUAUCGGAUGGUGGGCAACAGCUCCUCCUUCCGGACCAACAUUAGCACACCUCCCGAUUCAUCGCCAGAUCCUCCAAAGUCACAAUGAAUCUGCAAUAUUCCUGGCAUUUCAUCCGUCGCAAGUAAAGGAAACAUCAGCAACUCAAGGAAAACUGCCCCUCACUGUUUACGAAAGUGUCUACGAGGGAGAGAGCGUGACAGAGAGCGGAAAAGCUAUGCAGGUGGACGGUGAAGAGCAGUCGUUAAAUAUUCGUUUCCGAGAAUUACCCUAUACAGUUGAGACCGGUGAGGCGGAAAUGAUCGGGAUUGAUACUGUGGCUCGCACAGCGAGAAAUGCGGCCGCCGUACAAUCCUCAACAGCGGCCGCAGCCUCUCAGACGAAAGCUCAGAAACAAAAGGAGAAGCAGACAGUUGACACCGACCUCCUUUCAGCUGAGGAGGAAGAACUUAUCGCCUCUCUCAACACGCGUUUGAAUGCCAUCCGAACACUCGAAUCGCGGAUAUCCCUAAUCAAGUCCUACGUCUCAAGCAUAUCUCCGUCAUCCGCAGAAGGCCAGGAAAAGCCUGCAACCCAACUGGACCAUGGCACCCUCCGAGACAUAAAUUCCCUCCUCUCGAACCUAUCUCUUCUCACACCACACGAACAAAGCGCCUUCUCCGAGGAAGCUCUUGCGCAAAACAACGACGUCAACCUAGUAGCCCUGCUUGGCCAACUCAGCCAAAGCGUUAAAGGCAUGAGGGAAGUUGGGAAGCGCACGGCUAUUGUGAAUAACGUCAGGCGAAACGCCGCCUCGCGAAAGCAAAUUGGCGGGCAAGGACGAUAUGAGGAGGAUCUUCUGUCGAGAGACGGCAUUGCGCUUGGGUAGUCCUUACUUUGCCCAAUAACAGAAGACGAUUUUUGUUCCAUGAUGGUUCCCAGAUAAUGACAUGCGGCGUUUAUUUUAAACAGGCAACCUUUCAUAUUAGAAACACUGAGCGAUUCUAUACAACUUUAUUGAAUGACAACAAAUACCCUGAAAACCAUGUGAAGAAAAAGUAGGCAUCCCUCCACGGCACUUACCAUGCCUGCGAAAACUAAUAGGAGCCCAAAUAGGAAUGUCCAAUGCAUGGCCUAAAGUUGCACAGGGUGCACUAGGAAGGAACAGCCCACCUGGCCAGC